UCGAUAUCCCAAACACCACGCAAAAGUGUUCUUAAGAGUGAUAUGUGGAUUUAUUGGAUCCCUGUCCUAACAUGGCACCUUCGGUGAUGUCACUGUACAUCAAAUGCUUCGCACUACAAGAGUCUGCUCGCCUACGACUUAUCCUUGAUCCUGUUAUUAUCAUCCGUCAUAUUAUCCAUCCUAACCAUUCCAUCAUUAUCUACAUAGGAUUUAGGAUGUCCCGAAAUCAUAAGGACAAGUAUGAAGCUAUCAACCUGCGUCGUACGCACACUAUCAUGUCCACCGAAGACGCAAACUCUGGGAAGAAAUCUUAUUGGCCGGAGUUGGAGAUAACAGGCAGCAUAAGAAAUUUAAGUCCAAACUUGUGGCAGUUAACCCAUCUCACAGCUUUGUAUCUCAAUGACAACAAUUUACAAAGGAUACCAGCUGAGAUAGGUCGCUUAGCCAAUUUGAGAGCGCUUGACCUUAGUAGCAACAAACUUCGCAGUCUGCCUGCAGAACUGGGAGACCUCAUCUAUCUCAGGGAGUUAUUGUUAAACCAAAAUUUCCUUCGCGUUUUACCAUAUGAGUUAGGAAAGUUAUUCCAGUUACAAGUCCUAGGACUUCAAGGCAAUCCACUCAGCAAGGAGGUUAUGGCAUUGUACGGAGAACCUUCAGGGACCCACAAGCUGCUGUCAUAUAUGCUGGACAACUUACAAGUAACGGCAAAUCAUCCACCGCAAAGACCGUGGAUUCCAUUAACUAGGCCAAACAGAUCGAGACCAACAUGUAUAUUUACUGUGAUGUGUUAUAAUGUGCUGAGUGACAAAUACGCGACAAGACAGAUGUAUGGCUAUUGCCCAAGUUGGGCCCUAGAGUGGGAAUAUCGUAAAAAGGGCAUACUUGAUGAAAUCAGGCAUUACGCGGCAGACAUAAUCAGUCUGCAAGAGGUUGAGACGGACCAAUUUUACAAUUUCUUCCUUCCAGAGCUCAAAAUGGAUGGUUAUGAUGGUAUAUUUUCACCAAAAUCGCGAGCUAAAACAAUGGCUGAAAAUGAUCGAAAAUACGUUGAUGGUUGUGCUAUAUUCUACAGAACUGCUAAAUUCACAUUGAUAAAGGAACACCUAGUAGAAUUUAAUCAACUGGCAAUGGCAAAUGCGGAGGGCUCCGAUAACAUGCUAAACAGAGUCAUGCCGAAGGAUAACAUCGGGCUCGCAGCCUUACUUAGGACAAAGGAAGCAGCCUGGGACAAUGGAUUGCCUUCGGAUCCAGUUCAAGUACAACAACCAAUUUUUGUUUGCACGGCACAUCUACAUUGGGAUCCUGAAUUCUGCGAUGUGAAAUUAAUUCAAACAAUGAUGCUAAGCAAUGAACUAAAAUCUAUUCUAGAUCAAGUUGGCCAGUCAUUUAGGCCCGGACACAAGUCCGACUCUUCCAAUGUACAAUUACUACUUUGUGGCGACUUCAAUUCUUUGCCUGAUUCUGGCGUGAUUGAAUUUUUAACUUCGGGAAGAGUAGCAGCAGAUCAUCGUGAUUUUAAAGAUUUAGCUUACAAAUCAUCCUUACAAAAGAUUUCCGGUUGUGAUAAAGCCAAUGAAUUUACUCAUUCUUUUAAACUUGCAUCAGCCUACAGCGAAGACAUCAUGCCAUAUACCAACUAUACAUUUGAAUUCAAAGGUAUAAUAGACUACAUUUUUUAUUCUAAACAAAGCAUGGUACCUUUGGGAUUAUUAGGCCCGCUGAGUGCAGAUUGGUUUAGAGAGCAUAAAGUUGUUGGCUGUCCCCAUCCUCAUGUACCAUCUGACCACUUUCCAUUGUUGGUAGAGUUAGAGAUGACACCGACUGUAGGUACAAGCAACGGCUUAAUUCCUCGUAGGUAGCAGCUGUUGCGACCUAGGCCCAAAUAAUACGAAAUAAUGAUUAAUGCGACAACACCAGAAUCGAAAGGAAUAAUUUUUAAUGAUCGGAAGCGUUUAAACUGUCAGAAAGGGUAAUAAUGUGAAUGACCUUGAUUAUAAUGCGAAACUAAUGGUAGGGAAAUGAACGAAAUAAAGUGGAAAGCAGCAUAAAAAAUAGUUAAUUAUGUACACAAAUCUGCAGCGGGCGCCAUCAUUAUACGGCCGAAACCAAGAAAAUAUAAAGAAGCAAAAACAGCGGGAAAGACACGAAAUACUACACAAGAAUAUUAUAAUGACGUCGCUCUUUCUUUUUACAUUCUUAGAUUAUAGCAAUAUUACUAUUCGUAUUUGACUGUACACGGAUAAAAAUUUAUAUAAAUACAUUAGGUGUAAACGAUAAAUGUAAGAAAAAUAAUGACAAGCAU